AUGGUCGCACACAGUAUCCUCGAAGCAGCAAAGCUCGUCCGAGCUCGCCACGCGCCCGCCACUGCCGCCUCGCAAGGUGAGGCCUCCGAUCAAAUCGACAACGGAAAAGUCACCAAGACCAUCGUGCGAAACCGCGGCCGUGUCGCCGGCAACUACGCGAAGACACGAAGCAGCUACGGCAGCUUCCAGCCAAACAGCAUCGACUGGGCAAGCGAAGCCGAUUGGCUGAAGCCAUUCCUUGGUACCUCGCCGCCGCCCAAGGACCCGAUGAUGCUGAGCUCGUCCUUGAAGCCUGCCGCCAAGAUUGUCUACAUCUUGAAGCAUGAGCUCGCAGAUGAUGACGCCAUUGCUCUGCUCUCUGGUUGUGGUAUCAGCGAUAAGUCGUCCGAUGAGUUUGCUCGCGCUAGAAAGCGGACGAGGGACUAUCAGUCGGAGUUCCAGGCCGAGGUCAUGAGCGACUUCAUCUAUCCUAGGGUAGCCAUGGUCAUAUGCGAGUGGAAGGAGCAGGCUGCGAAUGCUGACAAGGCCGUCGAAGACCUCACCCCGGUUGAGCUCGAAGCUCUUUGGCAGGGCGACUUUGACAAGGACCCGGAACGUAUGGUGGCUGCGAUGUGGGGAGACGUCGGCAAGAGUAUCACUUGGGAUAAGAUCUACAAUCUCGGAUUGGGUACUGAAGACGUCAAGGCCAAGCUACAGGCUGCGAGAGACAUGUUCCGCGCCAAGUAUGUCUUCGCUUGCGAGCAGACGCUCAAGAUGCGUUACUGCGAUCCUGCUGCGCUUGAAGACGACGACGAGGCGCUUUCCUGGAUGACUCCAGCUCAACGUUGCUAUGCCAAGUGGCGCGGCUUCCGCCACGACGAGCGCUUCACCGGUACCAUCGUGGGCUAUGCGAGCCUGCCGGUACACGGUGGACCUCCGAAUGAUCGGAGGAAGCAGUCAAGUGCUAUUGCAGUCCCGAAGUUGAAUGAGCACGAUGCGGCGUUAAUCGCCGCACUUUUAGACAGCGAUUAUGAAGGCGAAGGCGAGGACGACGACGAGGAAGUUGACAUUUUUGCCGAUUGA